AUGACUUCUUUAGGUGGAACUACACUUGGAGGUGGUGGUGGAAGUGGAGGUAAUUCUUCGACAACUUCAACAGGUACAAUGUUGGGAACAUCGAUUGGUGGUGGUGGGGGUUCUGUAACUUCUAUGAACACUACCACUACUCUUGGUAGUAGCAGUAGUUCUGUAGGAACAACUCUAUCGGGAUCAUCGUCAAGUUCCGUUCUAAACAACAGUGGUGGAUCGAUACCAACAACAACAACAGCAGCAGCAACAAAGAAACGUCAACAAAAGAAAAAGAAAGCAACUACCACUGGCAGUAGUGGCGACGUCACAAUGGCGGUAGAGAAAAUAUGUUACUUACCGCAGUCGCAGUCCGACGAUGAAGGUAUACUCGACUAUAAGGUGGGUGGCUAUCAUCCGGUGAGCAAAGACGACGUUUUCAACGGACGUUACCAGGUGAUCGACAAACUCGGUUGGGGUCACUUCUCGACGGUGUGGCUCUGUCUCGAUCGUGACUCGAAGCGAAACGUCGCGUUGAAGAUCGUGCGAAGCGCCAAGUCCUACACGGAGACCGCCGAGGACGAGAUCCAGCUGCUCACUGCCAGUGCCGGCACGCACACAGUGGCGACGCUACUCGAUCAUUUCAUACACAAGGGACCGCACGGCCGUCAUGUCUGCAUGGUUUUCGAAGUGCUCGGAAACAACUUGCUCGAUCUCAUCAAACACUACCGCUAUCGAGGCAUUCCACUGACGCUCGUCAAAUCGAUCAUGAAACAGGUCAUCAUCGGACUGGACCAUCUUCACACCAAGUGCAAGGUGAUACACACCGAUCUCAAGCCGGAGAACGUACUUCUCUGCAAGUCGUUCGACACGCACUCUGAGGAUUUCACAUGGGGUCAACUAUAUGGAUUUUAUAAAUACAAUAACAAACAACAUCAACAGCAACAAGCACAACAACAACAAGAGCAAUCAUCAACAACUUCAAAUUUGUCGUCUGUCACAGCAGAGACGGCAUCGACAUCAACAUCAACAUCGACUUCACCAACUUCCUCCACUAUUUCAUCGACUUCACCACCAUCCACAACAACAACAACAAGCAACAACAACAGCAGCAGCAGUAACAGCAAUAGUUUAUCUACAACUUCAAAAGAACGGCAACUCUCAAGAGAAUCUUCACUCAACAAGAGUAGCAGUAGUCACAAGAGUGGUAGUAGCAGCAACACUACACAUCCAAGAGAUAUUGAAGGGAAUGGAGAGGAUGAUCUUAAAAAGAUAAGAAAUAGCAGCAAUAACAACAACAAUGUUGAUAAUGAUAUUGAUAUGGAUAGUAAUAGUAACUCCAAUUUGAACUUUGUCAAUGGAAAGUCUUUUGUUAUCGAUAAUACAAAGAGCAGUGAGUGUCUGACAGAGACACACUAUCCAGAGGUGGAGAUUGUCGAUCUGGGCAACGGCUGUUGGAUCGAUCGUCACUUUACAGACGACAUUCAAACGAGACAGUAUCGCUCGCCCGAGGCAAUCGUUCGUGGCAAGUGGUCGACUCCAGUCGAUAUUUGGAGUGCGGCGUGCAUGGCAUUCGAGUUGGCGACGGGCGACCACCUCUUCAAACCAAAGUCUGUAAUAACUUAA